AUGCGCUUUAUAGCAGUUCUCCUGAUUUUAGGAUUUGUAUCCUAUAAUGUUUCGGCUAAACCCUUUAGCUCUCAAGUCGAUGUGGAUCAACCCGAAUCAUACUCUCUAUCUCAAGAAUCUCUAGAUAUGAGUGAUGUAUCGGAUGGAGUUUCAGAAGAAUUAGAAUCGGUAUCUUUGGAAAGAAGAAAACGUAGUGCUUCGUCAGAAUCCGAGGAAUCUUCCGAGUCAUCGGAAUCUUCUGAGUCUCAGGAAAGAAAGAAACGUAGUGCUUCAUCAGAAUCUGAGGAGUCUUCCGAAUCAUCAGAAUCUUCUGAAUCACAUGAAAGAAGAAAGCGUAGUGCUUCUUCAGAAUCAGAGGAAUCUUCUGAGUCAAAAUCUUCGGAAUCCUCAGAAUCUGCUGAAUCUGAAGGUAACGAUGAAGAGCCCAAAGAAGAAGACGACGAAGAUAAGGAAGAAGGUGAUGACAAUGUCGAAGAUGAUGAUGAUGAUGAUGAAGAAACCAAUGUUGAUGUAGAAAGUGAUGAUGAAUCUCAAGAACGAAAGAAACGUAGUGCUUCAUCAGAAUCUGAGGAGUCUUCCGAAUCAUCAGAAUCUUCUGAAUCACAUGAAAGAAGAAAGCGUAGUGCUUCUUCAGAAUCUGAGGAAUCUUCUGAGUCAAAGUCUUCGGAAUCCUCAGAAUCUUCUGAAUCUAACGAAUCUAAAGGUAAGGAUGAAGAAUCCAAAGAAGAAGUCGAAGAUAAGGAAGAAGAUGAUGACAAUGUCGAAGAUGAUGAUGAUGAAGAGCCCAAAGAAGAAGUCGAAGAUAAGGAAGAAGGUGAUGACAAUGUCGAAGAUGAUGAUGUAGAAGGUGGCAAUGAUGAAGAAGAUCAAACCGAUGAUGAUGAUGAACCAGAAGCUGGUGACGUUGAUGAAGAGGAACUGGAAAUAGAAGGAGUUGUGGAUGAUAAACCAUCUGAAGAUGGUGCUGCCGUUGAUGAUGAACCUACAGUUGGAAACGAAAAUGUCGAUAAUACACCAUUCUUCGAAACACAAGUUGAUGGAGCUGAAGAUGAAUCAUUAGAAGAAGAUGAACCUGCAGUUGAAAACGAAGAUGCCGAUGAUGAAGCAUCCUCCGAAACUCUAGUUGAUGGUGCUGAAGAGGAAUCACCCGAAGAAGAAAGUGCUGAUGUUGAUGAUGAAUCCUUAGUUGGAGACGAAGAUGUUGAUGAUGAAUCAUCCUCCGAAACUCUAGUUGAUGGUGCUGAAGAUGAAUCACCCGAAGAAGAUAGUGCAGCCGUUGAUAAUGAGCUCACAGUUGGAUACAUAGAUGUUGAUGAUGAAUCAUCCUCCGAAACUGAAUCACCCGAAAAAAAUAGUGCUGCUGUGGAUGAUGAGCCCACAGUUGGAAACGUAGUUGUCGAUAAUGAACCAACCGCCGAAAUUGCUGUCGAUGGUGCUGAAGCUGAAACGCUUUCAGAAGAUAAAGCUGCCGUGGAUGACAACAAGAAGCCAGUCUCACAAGUUGGACUGCCCAUCGUUGAAGCUUUUCGCCAUUUCUUAGGAAAAUAUGUUUUGUAA